UUGCUGCUUGGGAUGUGUCACUGGCAAUGUAAACAAACAUACUCGCGGCGAACGUUUUACCACAUUUGCGUGCAGUUCCCUACGAAAUCAGACCGAUUUCUUUACAAGCAUCAAUUCUCCCAACAUGGAUACCACUGCUCAUCAGCUUAAUUGAACAUUUUUGUGUUAACAAAAUCGUCCAGCAUGCAACCAACCAUCCAAUGCCGUGUUUGUUCCACUUCCGAUGUCGCGUGCAUCUUGGUCAACAUUUUCGAUAAACACGGCCAACAUGAAAGUGUUGCUGACAUGCUUUUGGAACUAGCGGAUGUUACGGCCGCUGAAGAUGAUCAAUUCCCUCACCAUUGCUGCACACAAUGCCAACAAGAUCUCGUUCAAGCUGUAACAGUAAGACGGAAAUGUAUUGAAUCAGAAAAAUUACUACGGAUAUGCAUUGAAUCUGGCUACUCCAAUGAACAAUACGACGAUAAACAAUUCGAUAAAUUGUCAGUUGCUUCCUCUGAUCAAGAGAAUGCAACGUUAGGGAAAAGUCCAUUCUACCAUUGCUGUGAGUGUGGCACGGAUUUCUUCGAUUCCGAUACACUGCAGAAUCAUUACGAGUCAACGCAUGCCCAUGUCGUCCACGGUUGGGAGAGCUUUGGCAUCAGUGAAAUUUCCCUUUUCGAUAGCACAGAUGACGAAGUUGAGGAUACUCCACCGAAGGAUAAUGUACCAUAUGAAGAUAAAGGCAUACCUCACCGCUGCUGUGGCUGCAAAUAUUUGUUCGAUACUGAAACUGAACUGCAACUACAUUGCGAGACAGUGCAUCGGCCAAACGCAAUGAAAGUCGACGAGGACAGACCAGCCCAGUGCAACAUAUGCUAUCAAACGUUCACCACGGCGUGCGGUAUGCGAGUCCAUCAAAGGGCUAUGCGCGUAUUACGCUAUCAGUGCGCUGUAUGCGGCAAGCUGUUUGGAAAUCGGGCAGCCUGUAUUAUUCACGAAACCAACCAUGAAGAUCAUCAACUGUCCUGCGACCUUUGCGGAAAGAAAUUCACAAAUCAGAAGUAUCUAAACAUUCAUAAGCAAAAUGUGCACACAGAUCCGGAGACCAGGAAGAAGUACGUGUGCAAUGUGUGCGGUACGAGCGUUCACUCUGCUUCGUACCUGAAGGCGCACAUGAUGCUUCAUUCUGAAGAUGCACCCUACGCCUGCAGCUUAUGUGAACAUCGUUUCAAGCUGGUCUUGUAUCUCAAUCGGCACAUGAAAUGGCAUAGAGGUGUGUACACGUGUAAGCAGUGUGGGUUGCGCGUCAAGAGCGCAUCCAGCCUGACUAAUCAUAUGGCUAGUCAUACUGGAAUUCAACAAUAUAGUUGCUCUAUAUGUUGCUCCAAGUAUCGGUACAAAGAAUCCCUCAAAAAACAUUUGAGGCGGAAGCACGGCCGAUCAACUACAAGAAAGGACCGAAGCGAGUAAAACACGAUCAAAUAAAAAGUAACUGUCGUUUGAUGACAGGCAAUGUAA